AUGACGCGAGGAAACCAGCGAGAACUGGCUCGUGCCAAGAACCAAAAGAAACAGGCUGACGCAAACAAAGGCAAGCGCAACGAGUCAAACACCUCGAUAGCAAAGAGGAAGGAAGCAGACGCCGAAGCCCUCAGAGCCAAGCAGGCGGCCAAGGCAGCAAAAGCAGCGGAGGCAGCUGGAGCGACAAAUUGA